AUGUUCGGCGAAGAUGAAUCUGAAAGCCCCAGGGUACCUAGUCCUUGGGAGUCAAUUAUAGAGUUGUCUAGGAUUGGCACACCUGUGGAGGGCCGAGGGCCUUCUCCAUUGACCAACGAGAUGGAUACAUACUGUCACUCCUUGAAUUCCCCCGCCAGUAUUCUUCCUUCUCUCCCGCCUGAAAACGAUAACGGCUCGAUUGAAUACAAACUCCGACUUAUUCAUCCCUCUCCCGCUCGGUUUACCAGGCUUGUCACUCAGCUCAAAUGGCGGCUACUUGAAGGUGGCGGCAGAGCGUUGUAUGAACUGGGUGUAGGUGACGACGGAGAGCUUGUUGGUCUUGGGAGGAAGGACAUGGAAGAGACUGUCGACGUCUUGAGCAAGAUGGCGGGUGAACUUGGAGCGAGAGUUUGGGUUGUUAGGGAAAUUAGGGUUGGGAGAGGUGCUGGAGGUACUCGUUUUGUUGCGGACGAGCCUUUCAUUUCGAAUCAUUUGGCUCUUCUGGAUAACUCUGAAGCCAUGCCUCCCAGUGUACUCGGUAACAUGCAUAUCUACGACAUAUUCAAGCCGAGGCCUGUGAUGACGAGGGCCCAGACCGAGAUUGGAGUAUCUAUGCACCCCAAUAAUUCUACGUCCUCGAUAUUCCCGACAUCAACUUUGGACCAACUUGACAACGCCAUAGGUGGCUUUGGUUCCGGCGCGAAACACUACCACAAGUCCAAGAAGGAGAGGAAACAGAAGGGGAAGAAGUAUCACCUGAAUUAUGAACCACCGGGGGGACCUCGAUUUACAAGCGCAAGUAAUGUCGAUGAAAAUGUUGACGCCCAGCACGCUGGCACGCAGCAGAAGCCCAACGGUCCGAAUGGUGUAUAUCUUCGUACUCAACCUCAUAAUCGAAUUCAUCCCCAAGCACAUAGAGGUCGAAACACACAAUCCGUAUCAAAUUAUUCCAGCCAUUCAAAUUCCUACACGCAAUCUCACCUUUCUCUCAAUCCUAAUUUACUUCCUAUACGUACCGCCGAUGCCGAUGCCAACUCUUCCCACAGACACUAUGCUAAUGGAAGUGUCGUUCCUCAUCUUGCUCAUGCUGAUUUGGGGUCAAAUGGAAUCAGAGGAGGCAGAGCGAAUAGGAGAGAAGUGAGAGAUCGACGGAGGGCAGAGAAAGCCAAGGGGGGAAAGGAGAAGAAAGCGCUAGCCAUUAUUACAACGCCGGAAAAUCUGGUGCCUGGGAGUUCUGGUGCUCCUCAUUCAGCCGGCAAUUCGAUUUCUGGUGUGGCCGCGCUAUACGUCGAUGCGGGCAAUGACAUCUCUCCGUCCGUUGAUACCUGUAUCAAGUCCGAGAUCACUGGUGGUGUGGAGGUCGUAAAUCGUGUUGAAAUUGAUGUAGAACAUCUUCGUAACGACGAUGACGAUACGGGAACUACAUGUGCCCAGAUGAAGGCCAAUGUCGGGAUGAAGGCAGAAAGGAAUACAAAUCAGCCGAAUUCGAAGGAAGGCCCUCACAUCCGGACAAAUGGGUGCCAUAGCCAGAAAAAUCGAUUUGACAACGCGCUCGACGUACGCCCUCGAGAUCGUGAACGGAAUGGGUUUAGAGGCAAAGGAAAUUCAGGCGAUCAAGAUGAUAUUGUUACACCCCAGCUCCACAUUGAUAAGCCUCGUGCCAACCGAAGAGUCCAUUACAAUGUAUGGAAUGCAAGUAAGGCGUUUGAGGCGGUGGCUGAAACUAAAGAGGAUGAGAAAGAAGAUAACAGAGAAGGAGAUGACAAAGAUGAACCGCGACUCAUAAUUGAAGCACUUGUGAUCAGGAACUUUGAGAUUGGAGAAGCAUUCUUGGAUUUUGGAGGUUUUGGUGGGCUUGAAGCAAUUGAAGACCUGGGUGGUGUUAAUGGAGGGAGCUUUUCUGGAUAG